AUGAGUGCUCCUACUCUACUUCGUCGCCGAGCAGUGGUCCGAAACAUCGCGUUCGGACUCUCCGGUGGUUUUGCAGCUUCCUAUAUUAUUGACAACCUCGACUCUGUACUAAAAGGCUGGACAAGGAUGGUUGUAGAUGUAGACCAACGUUUGCCUGGAUUGAUGACUCCUGAUUUUCGAAGUCGAUUGUUACUCAAGGCGGCGAAAAGAGUUCAUCGCGAUGGAAGCGAUCGCAAGUUCGUACAAGAAACUCUAUCUAACUUGGCCUUGGACGACUUGGCCAUCUACCUGGAAUCGUUAUCGUCUAUGGAUCAUCUACUCUCUGAUGCCGAGCGCGAUGAGCUAGUGAAAAAGGGCCUAGACAAUUGGGAUCACUGGAAGAACGAUGGUCGUUUUGAUGUCGACCAGCGAUCUAAGCUCACAGUUGAUCUGGCAUCGGUAGUGUCCAGGGACUUCACAUCGAGUAGUAGCGUGUACAAGCAAAUGGUCAGCAAGAUGCAAGGUCAACGAUCUCUGAAGCCUCAGCUUGAAUCGCCAAGGUACCACGACUUGGUGGAGUCCUUGGAAAAGAGAGUGAGGGAAUCUCGCGAAGGGCUAUGUCUGUGUACGGCGUUGUCGAAGGCUGGUGGGAUUAGCAGCGCUGAUUAUGAUAGAAUGGUCGCGGUUCAUGAUCAGCUGUAUGGGCACAUUCAAAGGAGGCAAUGUGGCCUGGCAGGGUUCGCUAUGGCUGCUCCAGAGAAGCGUGGAGAUUUCUAUCUUCGUAAUGUACCAGAUAGGUGGAAACAGUACGACCCGGAUCAUCCGCCGUACAAGUUUUUUCCUGGGCGAACGAGAUCUCAGACGAGACAAUGGUCGGGGGUGAUGUUCGUCGUUACUAUCGCUGUUGCAUAUAUCGCCUAUCAAUUGAAUGAAAAACGGCAGGCCAAAUUGGAGAAGUUCUUCGCGGAGCGAGAACAUGAGUUUCUCCUACCGGUCCAUCGAGAGGCUAUAUACUUACAGGAGGAAGCGUUGCAAGCUUCCGCGAUCCGAGCGAGGCGACGCGCGUUGGGAUUGCCGGACAGGGCUACAGGGUCGUGUGAGAUUCGCGAUGAUGAGCCGCUGGAAGGUGUUGAUGAUGAUGAUGAUGAUGAGGAGGAGUGA